CAUAAAAAGUGAAAUAGAAACAAAUAGAAAACAGGGUUGUGUAGUAAAAAUGAAUGACCAUGAAAAUGGUGUGAGGAGCAAAAGAUAUGAAGUCAGUGAGAGAGAGAGGGUGACAGAGAGAUAUAUAAACAGAUGCAGAUAAUGUGUGGGGGCGAGCUAGAGAGGGUAAGAAAAUCAAAUAGAGAAUGUGUGAAAGAGAGUGAGAGAGAUAGUUGUAAUUUGACGUGGAUUAGACGACUUUUUAAAGUUAGUUGGAUACAUUGCCUCUAAGUUUUCUACUUCUGCGCUUAUCAUGUCGUUUUACUGUUCACAAACACCAUUAUAACGAAAGUCUAAUCUAUCUUUCUCUCGUUGUCUCCAAACACACACACACACACAAGUUUUAAGUAAACACAUAGAAGGAUAAAAAAAAAAAAAGAAUCGCAACGCUGUGUCAAUUGUACACGAACAUGAAAUCGCAACAUCUACUUAAAAUACACUCUUUACAUCGGGACAAAUGUGUUCGCAGAUGUACAAAAUAAAUAACGUUCGUUUGUGAGUUACUCACACCCUGACUCGUCUUACACACACGCACACGCACACAUAGACACACACACGCGCGCGUGCGCGCUCAUACCACUUGUAUAACAAUUAUUUUGUUGUUUAUACUUGUACACAAUAAUAUACAUACUCGAAUAUUCGCAAAUAUUCACAAAGCACGCAGGCACGCUUUUACACACUCACAUUAGAUUUAGAAACUUUUUUUUUCCAAAUCAGAAAACUUCAGUUUCAAAAUAUAAAUUAAAACCUUCAACGACGUCGACUACAACACACAUAACACAAUUAAGAGACUAAGGCUCAGAUCAAUCAGGUCUGACCUGGGGCUAAACAAUUUAUAAUAGUCAUUGUAAACAAAAAAAAAAUAACAUCGACAACAAAUUGAUAGAUACAUAUAUAUUAGUCAAACUAAAACGUCAACAAAAUUGAGAAGUUGAACAACGACGAAACAGGAUCGGAAUAACGGAGUAUAUUAAAUGCGCUUGAGGACUCUAAUGUUUUACCGUAUCGAGAGAAGCACAAAUUCCAAUAAUGAUGGAUGCCAAAGAAGCAGCAAUAUCUGUAAAAGAUUACUAUGCAGCACUUAAAAAUGCCUUGAAACCUUAUAAAUUCGAUCGGCAACCACCAACGCCACAACUUUUGAUAAAAGCCCAAAUAACAGCCAAUGAUCUUCGCUCUGUUUUACCUCGUGACCGGAAGGGCAAAGCACUGCCUUAUCCAAGAUAUCGACCAAAAGAAGAAAUCUACAAGAAAAAUGAUUUCGGAAAGACGGAUUCCCACGCCAAAAAUGCACCAAAGAACUUGUUGACAACUGAACUUGAAGAACUUGUCCAAUAUUUAAUUUCGCCAUUUGCUAAUGAUGAAGUUGCCAAAGUUCGAGUUAUUUUCCGUUGGAUUACCGAACAAGAUUUGGAGUCGUAUCAGAUUCAAGGCAAUACACCGACUAAUAGUCCGGCCCGUUACUUAAAUGAGCUGAAAGAAAGUAAAGGUCGCUACGAUAUAUUCUUCAACGACAUGUGUCGGCUUGCUGAUAUAUCCUCAGUUUCAAUACAAGGCCAUUCAAAAGGAGUUGGAUUUAAUGUUGGUGACCCUCUUACCCCAAGCACGAGAAACAUCUGGAAUGCAGUCCUUAUAAAAGACACAUGGUACCUGAUAGAUGUUCAUUGGGCAUCGCGCAAGAUAUCUGGAGUGGAAGCUGAAGAAUGGCAAUUGGUUGAAUGUCAGCAAGCCAACAGCAGCGAUAUAGACGACUCCAUUGUUCAAAAUAUUUAUGAGUUUGAUGAGUUUUAUUUCUUGACUGAUCCAGAAAAAUUUAUAUAUAGUCACUUUCCGGACGAAGAAAUUUGGCAGCUACUAGCACGACCUUUAACGAAAAAUGAAUUUCAGAAAGCUCUUUAUCUAAAGCCUCAUUUCUUUGAGUUCGGUCUCACUGUCAAAAGCCACGUUUGGUGCAGUCUUCAAUCAGUAGAUGGUCUUGUUAACAUUGAACUUGGUGUUACACGUACUGACUUGUCAUUCUCUUUUGAACUCUACAGAUCAAACAAAAUUGGCAACCCCGACGACAAAAAAGAACUUGCAAAAUACAUGUUACUCGAAAGAGACAUUGAAAAUAAAAAAUUGUGUAUCGAAGUAAGAUUUCCUAUUAUUGGAAAGUUCAAAGCUGAAAUCUUUGGACGAGAUUCUAGGAGCAAAUUGGAAUGGCUGUGUUCAUACGUGCUCUAUUGCAACUCUCCUCUGUCGGAUUGUUCUCCUCUGCCGCCGAACCCCAAAGCUGAGUGGGGUCCUGGAAUGCAUUUGUUCAAUUAUGGCAUUACACCCAUAACUCAUUUGAGAGGUAAAAUUGAUGUGUACGAUGGAGAAGUCGAGCUAAAGUUUGCUUUGGAGAAAAACGUGGAUCUUUUACAUCGACUAGUAUCUGAAGACGAAGAGGAGAUUGCUGAUCAUAUUCUCUGUGAAAUAGUUAAUGGAGUUGCUACGGUGCUUGUAAGACUCCCUAAAAAAGGUCAGUAUGCACUGCAAAUGUAUGCCAAGAACGACCCAAAUGACAACGAAUUCUCCAAUAUUUGCAAUUACAUGUUGAGAUGCAACGAGGACCUGGGUGUUGUAUACCCCUACCCAUCGGUGACAAACGACAAAGUUGGAUCAAUGGGGAAGUUCCGCUCGUUAGGUCUCCACUUUAUCGAAGAUGGCCCUGGAUAUCAAAGAAUCUCCACUACAGGCCAGUGUUCUUUUCAAAUUAAAAUCCCAGCCAAUAUUGAUUACUUCUGUAAGCUUAUUCACCAAUCAGAAAACACUUUCACUGACGUUUCUGAUUAUACAUACUAUUAUCGAAAUGGAGAUAUCGUAAGCUUCGCCAUAAGAUGUCCGUCACCUGGAUUUUACCGCUUUGAUCUAUUCGCCAAACUUAACUCAGAGGACGGUGGCUACCCAAAAGUAUUCUGUUCAGUUCUUGAAACUUUUUGGCCAAUGACUGAAUGCUUACCAUAUCCACAGAAAUAUUCAGCCUGUAAGGAUACAUACAAUAUCCUUUCACCAGCUGUAAAUCAAAUAGCAGAAGGUCAGAAUAUAAAGAUAGCCAUGGUCGUACCAAACGCUGAAUCUGUUGCUACAAUCGAAGACCAAAACUGGAUUUACUUAGAGAAAGGUGAAAAAGACAAAUGGACUGGGACCAUUGUUCCAAAAGCUUCUGGGAAUAUCAUUUCCAUAGCCGCCCGGCAGUCCAGUGCUGUGCGCUCCUUUGAGGCAUUAGUCUCCUUUGAGGUUGUUCCAUCUCAUGUUUUGAGAGAGGAGUUCCGCAAGCAAAGAGCAUCUCGUGAGAAUGCUGAACAGGAGUAUGUAGAGCAUCUCUCUCGCAAGAAACACCUGCAAAGCAUGCGCAAAGAUCGGUCAAUGAUUCAUAUGAUUCAACGAAUGGCAAAGAUGAAAUUACAGAAUUUGAAUGAGGACCACUUGAAGCUGAUGGAUCAGCAGUUGGAUAAUGAUGCUAUUCAACAACUGGACCAAUGCUUGCCUGAAGUACCAAAACAUUUAACGCAAAAUGGUACUGAAAACACUGUUCGUGAUGAGAGAGAUGUAACAUAUGGAGAUGUGUUAGAGAGUCAUAAUUAUGAAAGAAAUAUAAAUGGUGCCUUUGUUGAUUUUUUUAGUGAAGUCAAUGACAGGCAGUCAAAUGUAGCAAUACUUGACAAUGGACCUGUCAAUGGAAAUGAAAAUGACAAUUAUAAUCUAGGCAUGUCGCCGGUAAAAAUCAGACCAACCAUCAAAAAGCGAACACUUCCCAAAAUUGACAUAAAUUUAAAUGAGCUUGAUGGUGUUAAUGAGAGUGAUGAUGACAGUGAUGAAGACUAUGACAACAAUGUUGGCAAUCACUCGGACUAUCAUCUUAAUUUUGAUAAACAUGGUGUCAGACUGACGCCUAUUUCAGAAAAAGAAGAAGAAAUUGAUGAUUUCUUUAAAAGCGCUCUGACUCAGAACCGGAAUGGUCCUGAGUCUGAUGAAUCUGAAGAAAAUGUUGACAAUGUGAGACAGGCAGAAGAGAUAAUAGGAGCAGAGACUGUUGGACUGGUAAAUGCCUGUCCUUCUUUUGUGGAUGACAGCAAAGACAGUUUAGUUGAAAGACUAUCAGAACUACGAGGGAAAGAAGUAAAACCAAAGGUUCCUUUGAGAAUGAAAAGAAAUCUAGAAGAAAAAGUAAAAGAGGAAGAGAUUAUUGUAAGAGAAGAGCCAAAGAAACAAGAGGACCUUACAGAGAAACUGCUCCAACAAGUAGCUUCUAUUGAAAAAACAAUUGAAGAAGAUGAGAUUGCAAUUCAAAAUUUCCACCUUGGAGGAGCACCAGCCCAAAAAGACGAUCAACCCUUUCUCCGGCAUCGAACAACAGUGACAUUGUCAAAUUAUUCCACACCAAAUUUACCAGACAAAGAGAAAUCUCAUACAGCACCAGUAUCAGUGCAAACUCAAACAGACAAUGAAGAAAUCUCACUCACAGUGAUUUUGGAGAAUUUCAUUUAUAUUUUUGCGAUUUUUAGCCUUUUAUGGAAACUUGCAGGACUAUUAUUAAGUUUCGAAAAUACAAGCAGCUAGAAGUCAAGACUUAUACACGUUUUCUAAGUAUGCACAUGAAGACCUUUAGAAAGUAGGAAUUCAGGAUUUAAUUUGAAUUGUCUGUUGCUAGAUAUCUGCAGAAGAUAAGGAAAUAGUAACAAACAACUUGGCUGACCAAAAGAUUGAGAUUCAAAUGAUUUACUAAGUAUAAUUAAUAAUAUAUUGAUAUCUUCCAUUUUUUUUUUAAAUCCUUGCUCCCUUCCAACAUUUUUUCUGAUUCCUGUUUAUUAUAUUUCAUUGUUGGUUUAGUAAUUAUGUUAAAAUUUCACUUAUAAAAUCUGACAUUUAAUGGUUUCCACUUCCAGUUAUUUUUAUAUCACUUCACUUUCAUCACCAGUGCCCUUCAAUGUAUAAUUAUCAUACAUUGUCAUUUCCCUUUUGUCUCUGAAGCUGAAAUUGUGUCUUGGGAAGAAACUCAUAACUUAAAUUUUGUAAUAAGUCAAGCUAUAAGUAUAUGAAAAAAAUCACUUGUGAUACUGUUGUUUCAUCUUUUUUCGUUAUUACUUUUCUUCUUAUAAAAUAAUUUUGAAGUAGAAAAGUGUUGAUUCCCUUAUCUAAAAUACGCUUUUUCAGAUACUGAAAGUGUUCACAUUCAUCAGACACAAUGAAAUCUUGUAUUUACAUUUGCUUCCCUGAUUAAGAGUAAAAACUACUUUUUGAGAAUCAUAAAUGAUGUGUGUCUUCUAAUUACUUUUUUUUUUUUUUUUUUGGUUACUUUUACAGGUAAAAUUCUAAUCUAAUUGUUAUUCACAAAUCAGCAGCAAUGUAAUAUUUCUGCUUUUGUUUGUUUUUUGUAACCUUUCUCAUGAGCUGUAAUAAUAAUGUGCUUGUUUUCCUUUACUGAUUAACAUAAAAUUUAUUCAUUUUAUAAUUUCAACCAAGUGCCAAGAAAUCAAAAUAAUUUUAUAAUUUAGAAAUUUAUUAAAAUGUUUAUUUCCUUUAUAGUAAAUGUUAUAUAUCUUAAUUUGUGUCAGUUCAAGUUAAUUUUCUUUCAGAAUUUUAUUUUGGCAGUAUUUUAAACCUCUUGUCAAAAGGUGGUGUAAAUCUGAUAAUGUUAACAGAUCAUAGCAUGUCAAUUGUAAAAACCCUGUAUAGGAUACAUGAUGUCACUAAAAAAUGAUUAUAGAAAUACAUUUGUGACACUGUUAUUAAAAGUAAUCCCAGUUUGGGGACUGGGGUACAGAUGUUUGUUUAUCUUUCCUCAAAUUAAUCAUUACAUUAAAAAUUAUCACCUAAAUUGUAUAACUGUGUAAUAAUUUUUUGCAGUAAAUAACAAUUCCACACUCUGUC